AUGAUUGCAACAUUUCUUGAUAUAGUUCGUGAAAAUCAGCCUCAAAAUGGUACAGAAUUUUGCAUCAGAUUUUUAAAAGAUGCAUACAAUACGACGACAACCAGUGAUGUUGAACAUAUACCACCUCCUGCUUGGCAAGAAGUUUUAAAACUGGUUUUUGACAACACUAAAUUUGUUCAAUUAGUAAAGUUUGACAAGGAAAAGCUUGUUGAAUGCAAGUUAAGGAAAGAUGAAUCACAACUUGAAAUGUGGGGAGUAGGAUUUACAAUGGUAGUUAUCAUCAGUUUAUCGUCAGCAUUGGGAAUUCUGCUGUUACCGUUUUUGUCACCAUCGUUUUACGACAAAACAUUGACCUUCUUUGUGGCUCUUGGUGUUGGGACACUUUCAUCAAGCGCUGUAUUUCAUCUGAUUCCCGAAGCUUUUGAACUGAUCAAUUUGAUGCCCAAUUAUUUACCGAAAGCUGCCACUAUCAUUGCUGGUGUUUAUCUGUUUUUUGUGGUCGACAAACUGUUGACAAUUAUAUGCGACCUUCGAGAGGGUUCAACUAUAAAACCGGAUACCCAAUUGACAACCAAACCAAACGAAUCAGCCUUUAGCGAUCCUUCACUUUCAGUUCCGCCGCAGCGAGAACGUAAAUCGUCAACAACGUCUCGACGAUCUCAUAUUGCCUCUGUGGCGUGGUUGGUGGUAUUUGGUGAUGGCUUACAUAAUUUUAUCGACGGCCUAUCAAUUGGAGCUGCUUUUAGCGAAAGUCUUUUGGAUGGUAUCAGCAUAUCAAUAGCGGUACUAUGUGAAGAGGUGCCACAUGAAUUAGGAGACUGUGCUAUCCUGAUUAAUUCAGGAAUGUCGAGGAAAAAAGCACUGAUUUAUAAUUUACUAUCUGCAAGUACAUGCUGUGUUGGCUUCGUCAUCGGGGUUUUAGCUGGUGAAAUGGACCGAAAUUUUGGACAGUUUAUAUUUGCUCUUGCUGGUGGAAUGUUUCUUUACAUUUCGUUAGCCGGAAUGCUGUCAGAAAUUAAUGAAAAAGCAGAAGCCAAGCUGAAAGAAAGUGUGAGAAGUGGAAUCAGUACACUUUUACUGCAAACAUCUGGACUUGCCACUGGUGUUAUAAUUAUAAAAGACCAAAACAAUGAUGAUGAUGAUGAUGAUGACAGUGACGAUUAUGGUGGUGAUGAUGAUGGUGAUGUUGAUAGUGAUAGUAAUGAUGGAAAUGAUGCUGAUGACACGGCCAAACUGAAAUGCAACUGGAAAAUUUUGAAAGGUUCCAUUUUUGGCUAA